AUGAAGCAGUCAGAAAGCGAGGAGCACAAUAUUUACCUAGUUGAGAGCAUUAUAGACAGACGAGUUCGCCGUGGUCGCGUGGAGUACCGUGUUAGAUGGAAAGGGUUUCCUCCGGAGCAAGAUUCUUGGGAACCCUUCACCAGUCUUCGCGAACCAUGCCUUUCAUUAAUUCAAGACUUUCACAUCCGUUACCGCAAACUUCAUCAUGGAAAAAGGCGCUACUCUCUACCCUUGGUUUCUCGCAGUAAGCUUUUGAAGUGUGAAACAGAUGGAUUUCAUGACAUGUCUGUAAAAUUAGAAAAAGAUAGCGAUGACGACUUAGCUGCAGACAAGAGCAGUAUUUCGUCUACCAAAAGCCAACCACCUCCACUUCCUUUUAAGUUAGGUAAGAGAAAUACUGUACGGCCAACGUCGCGUCGUUCUGCUCCAAGUUCAGUAGCCUUAAGUUCGACUAGUUUCUUUUCGUUACAACCGGGAACUUAUUCUGGCCACUCGUCAUCCCUUCCGAGUUCUGAGUCCAGUGUUUCGCAAACACCAUUAGUCUGCGAUCCAGGUGCGUUGUUGAACAUCCAAACACUUGACCGUUCAGAUCAUACGAUACACCCAGAUAAUGGUUGGGUUCCCUGUGAAGUUUCUGGUGCUUCAACUGGUUCACUAUCUAGUCCCAAUACAAUCCAGGCUGAAGAUGACUGUAAAGUUCCCAUGGACAAAGUUCCUGUUGCCGGACUUUCUAAAGAUAACUGCGGAGAUACUUCACAACGAUUACAAAAAACAUCAAGAUCACUUCCUGACCAAUCAAACCGUAAUACUCCCAAGUCUAGCAAACGCAAAUUGCAGCCCAAUGAUGGUGCUUGUAAACAAAAUGAUUCAGCAUCUGCAAAUCAGCAAGUCUCUCAAAACUUCCUGAAGGGAGAUAAGAAUGUAGGUAACUUCACUACCUCUGAUACCCAAGAAAAUUCUAUCCUCGGCAAACACAGCACUAGAUCUCUCCACCGCAGUAAUUCACCAAACUCUAAAUCUCUUCCUACUACUGCCUCUAAACCGGUUUCCAAAAAGCGUGUUCAGCCUACUAAUGGAACUUCAAAGCCGGAGCUAGAUGUUGAUGCUUCCGAAUCCCUACCAUCAUGUGAAGAUCAAUCUCUCAUAUCUGAUUCUAUCAUAUCAAAAGUCAUGAAUAUCGUUGUUCAUCUGAAAAACUUAAGAAGACGCCCUGUACAAGAGAUUGUCCUGGCACUUUGCCAAAAGCACCAUAGUAUUCCUGAAAGCCUCGUUUUAUCUUCUCUAGACAUCUUAGUUACACGAGGUCACCUACACCGUGUUGAGUCAGCCAAGGGUAUAUCUUAUCGUUCCAACCCUUUUGUUGUGGCUCGGGGGGACCUAAAGAAGCCUGCAUCUCUAUCAGCCAAAAUUAAAGCCAAAUAUAAUGGUGGAGUGAAUGGAAAACGACCCAAGUGCACGACGUCUGCUGUACCUGAGCCUAAACGAUCGAAUUCAGUGGAGUCACCAAGCCAUUCUUUAUCUAAAAUUGCACGAACUGAUCCAUCAACCAAUGUUCACCAGCGCUCUAGUCGGAGAUCUGUAACAUAUGGAUCAGUGGCUUCUGAAAAAUCCAAUACGCACUGUCCUUGUUAUUCAGAUAUCAAUGGAAAAAUCUAUUUCAAUCAGUCUUCUGUUAUUGUGGAUGAUGUACAAGUAAAUCAGGAUCAUACCAUACAUCUUGACGGAGGAGAUUAUUCAAUGAGUGUUAAAUCACCACCAAAUAUUCUUCAACAAGGCACCAAGAUAUUUAUUGUACCUCCGGCUAGUCCAUUAAAUGAAACAACUUUUGAAAGUCAAAUGAAUAACUUACCAUUUCAUCGGUCUGAGCAACCUAAUCAAAGUUCAUGUAAUAAUUUGAGUUCUACAUCUGGGUCCAAUCUCGAUAGUUCAAGCAUUCCACAAACAAAUUCAAGACGUAGUAAUCGACAAGUAGAUGGUUAUAAAUUCAAAUCGAUUUGGGUAAAGAAAAAUGUACAAGGUGGAUUUACAGAAGUUUGGUUACAGUCACCUGGUUCUUUUCUAAAAAUGGAUUCACAAUUCAGGUCCUUGAAGAAUUAA